AAGCACUUGGUACAGACAGUGGAUUCAACGAGCUGAGCGAUGAAUCUAAAUCAGCUUCCAUAUCUCCCGCAACCACAAAUUUAAUAUCACCAUCAUCGAGGGUUGACUCCACCAGUAACGACACCGGUUGCCCGAUUGAUACCGCUGAUGAGAAGGAUGAGAUAUCCUCCACUGUCUCAAACCUGUCGGAUUUAUCAGGAUUGUCCGAUCUCUCUGGAGAAGCCGAAAUCAGUCAUCAGUGGAGAAAUGCUUCUUCUUGGAUUCAAAAGCAGAUGUUGACGGGCGCGGAUCCCAGGGAUCUCCUACACCACCUCCUAAUGGACUCCACACAGAUUCCUGAGCAAGUUGACGAUCUCACAUUAUGGAAGAUCAUAAUCAACAUGAUGUCCGAACCUCCGAGACGGCAAAAGCUCAAACACAUAAAUACCUUGUCUGAUGUGGUACGAUUAAUUCGCAAUAGCAAGAAGAUUAUAGUAUUGACCGGCGCGGGUGUUAGUGUCAGCUGUGGUAUUCCUGAUUUUAGAAGUAGAGAUGGUAUUUAUUCAAGACUAGCGCAGGAUUUUCCCGACUUACCGGACCCACAGGCUAUGUUCGACAUUAAUUAUUUUAGUCAGGAUCCCAGGCCAUUCUACAAAUUUGCGCGCGAGAUAUAUCCAGGACAAUUUAAACCUAGUCCCUGUCACAGGUUCAUCAAAAUGUUAGACAAGCAGAAGAAGCUCUUGAGGAAUUACUCACAAAAUAUUGACACCUUGGAGCAGGUUGCCGGUAUUGAAAAUGUGAUUGAAUGCCAUGGCUCCUUCGCCACCGCGUCUUGCACAAGAUGUAAAUAUCAAGUCAGAGCGAACGACAUCAGGGAGAAUAUCUUCGCACAAAGGAUACCCACGUGCCCGAAAUGCCGUGUCAACGCGUUGCCCUCCCUAUCCGAGGUGAAUUGCAGCGAGAACUACAGAGAUCUGGUGUCGCAAGGCAUAAUGAAGCCAGAUAUCGUCUUCUUCGGCGAAGGGCUCCCAGAUGCUUUCCAUGAUGCGAUGGCCAAAGACAAGGACGAUUGCGAUCUUCUAAUCGUUAUCGGAUCGUCCUUGAAGGUUCGGCCGGUAGCCCUAAUUCCUUCAUCCAUUCCGUCGCAUGUACCGCAGAUCCUUAUUAAUCGAGAACCAUUACCACAUCUCAAGUUCGACGUCGAGCUACUGGGAGAUGGUGACAUUAUUAUAAAUCAAAUAUGCCAUUUAAUGGGCGAUACUUACAAAGAAGUCUGUUGGUACGACAAAAUUCUGAAGGAAGUCUCGCAACUCCUACCAUUGCGGUGUCUGUCCGACGACACGUGGGAACAGAGUCAAGACACGACAAGUAACACCGAAGUGUCGCGCGAUAGCGUAGAAGUUGAUUUGAAACCUCAUAUUGUAUCCUCGACAGAAAGUCAGGAUAGCCUCUCAAUCACCGCGAAUGCGAUGCCACAGCAUGCAGAUGACAUCAAUGUCUGCGUAUCAUCUUUGCACGCUGAUCAUGUCCAGGUGGAAAACCCAGAAAAGAGCUUCAAACUUUUAGGGGAAAGUCCUAAAAGACGAUCGGGUGACACUAGUAUAGAGAAUAGUCCCAAGAGGAUGAAUUUCGGUAGCACGCAUGAGACGGGAGUUGUGAGUUCCACGUCGCCAGCGAAUACCGAAUGCACAAUGAUGGCGUCAGAAAACGAGUUUAACGUUACGUCAGCAAAAUCGACAUUUGAAAACAAUUCGGAAGAAUGUCAGGUGGUGCCGACAAUAUUGUCCCUUUCCUCAGAAGCUAUAAUAAGCGAAAACACUCUGGAGUCUCACAAGUCGCUGAAUAAACGUGGACAAUCGAACAAGUAUGACGACGCCGCAAAUCUAGACGCCGCCGAGUCGGAUAAAACGAUACCGAAACCGAGGCAAGCAUCAGUAGACUCCGUAUUGGAUUCCGGCAUAGGCGACAGUUGUAACAGCAUCGAUAGCACAGAAGAAAAGUUCGAUAUAGCCGAAUUGAAGAACAGAAGAUUGGAGAGACACUGCUGGCAACCAAAGAUUCGGGAGAGCCUCGCUUCUAGACUACCAGAAAAUUCCUACUAUCAGUUGGCACCGGGCAGGUACAUUUUCCCUGGCGCGGAGGUCUAUUCCGAGCCUGAGCCGUACGAUCAAUGUUCCCUCUCGGCAAACUCCGAGAGCACAGAUAGCGACAGCGAUUCCUCUUCCGGAGAAGAAGAAGAAGACGAAGAGGAAGAGACAUGCGCGGACGAUGAUCUGUCAGAGGACGCGAACGUCGACGCUGAUGCUAACGGUCAGAACAACGAGGCAAAGUGGGCGAGUAAGUCUUAUACUGCUAUGCAGCAUCGAAGAAUUGCAAUUGCGUUGCGGACAUAGCGAAUAAUUUAGUUAUUAUAUCGAUAAAUCAGGAUUAGUUGCGAUCAUUUGUGUACAGUGAUAAGUAAACGGUGCAAUUUUUACGGUUUAGUUACGAAUCAAAAUGAUUCAUUACUAAAUAUGCAUAAUAUAUAUUGAUAUAUUAAAUUAUUACGAAUUAAUCCUCAAUUAUUUUAAAAGCUGUGGAAAACAAGACUUUAUUCGCAUAAUGGUCCAAUUGCACUUUAAUCCUAUUAUUUUCUACAUAUUCAAGUUUUACGAGCCUAUUUUAAUAAUGAUUCUUGAAGAGAAUAUUUUAUCAGAUCAAUAUUAAAAUAUAUGCAGCACAUUUUCUAAGUCGAAAUAUUAAGUUAUUAUACAUAUAUAUCUUUCAAUAUUUCUUACGUAUAUAUCUUUCAAUAAGUUUGAAAUUAUAUUGAAAAAAAAAGAGAGAAAGGGAAAUAGCAGUUACUUAAAAAGAUAUAGUGUGAAUAAAGUCUGUUUGAAAUUGGUCGUCAAGCUUGGGGAGCUUGGGAGUUUUGGAACCACGUUGCUUCUUUGCUUCUUCAAUGAUUCCUUUUUGUCAAUGUAACUCUGCUUUUAUAGGUUUUGUCAGUGGCUGAAUCUGUUUUAAGGUUGCUUGUGUUUUAGAUCUUUUCGGUAGAUCUUUCGGUCGGGCCCCGCCGACGGAUGUCGAUCCUGCGUUGGAGCUCGAUGGUCCACUUGUCGCUUGAGACGUGCCCACCCUUAUAUUGCCACCCUUAUAUUGCCCACCCUUAUAUUGAGACGUGCCUCACCCUUAUAUUGCCACUUAAUUCUUGCAUCUUAUUAAGAAAUAUUCCUCGUUCUUCAUCUUUCUCUUUUUUUAAUAUUGUCAACUCUUGACUCUUGACUGUCAAUUGUUGACAGCUCAUAUAUGAGAUUCCUUCACAUUAAACGUUGAGGAAAAUCUCUUUUAUUUUUAGUGAACGUGUCAUCAUUGUAUCACGUAUUUGUGAAGUCAUCAUGACUUUGAUAUUAACAUGUACUCACGUAUAGAUUUGUAUCAAACAUGUUGGAUAUUUAAAAAUCAAAUUGCUCUGUGUUUCAUACGUCGCUUGAGACGUGCCGCUGCCGCUGGCAGCCUCGGUGACCUCGGUUAUAUUCCAAACUGCAUCCCCCGCACGAGUGGGGCUCGUGCGGAGAAACUGGGCUAUCUUUCGGAGGAGACAUUGUGCACAUUAUGCGAGUAUAAAUUAUGUUUUCAAGCAGCUGAUGUUGCUAAACAGCCGCGAGAUAAUGAUUGAGGCUUGAGUCGGUUAUUUUUUUGUUUCGUAACUGUCGAGGAUAGAACCGUAAGUUUAAGUCCCGACAAGUAGUGUGAAAGAAUACACAUUUUGAUAGCAUUAAUUCACAUGUAUAUAUGAUCGAGAGUCAUUGGCUACAAAUUAGGUAUUUAAUACAAAUGUUAAUGUAGAGUUACUUUAGACAAUUGCGGGAUGUUGAGUUAUGCAUUUUUACAGAUUUUACAGAUACACUCGGUUUUUUCAAGACAUCGAGAUUUCAAUGAUAACGUAUAAGAAACCUUUACAGUUUACACAAAGAUUUCAUUUACGGGAACGUGGCGAUGUGUGCAAAGUACACGCACACGCAACAUGUUUAGAGUUAAAAUGUGUUUUUUUUUAUAUUUUACUUUUAGGCAGCACAAAUCGAGGGAUCUAUCUAUAUUUACACACAUUUCCACAUUUUCUUUCGUUUUCUUUCCUUUUGUUAUGGUAACUUCGCGACGCUCAUGAUGAUGUAUGUAAGAUAUUGUUACUAUUGUAUAUGCAAAAGGAUUCUAGAUUCACAUUUUAAUAGCACAACUGAUAGUCGUUCACCAUUUUCACGAUCUACACGAGGAUUAUAAGAAAACGAUCGAGAUUGCUUUUAGCUUACCGCACUCUUAUCAGUAAUUAUUUCUUCUCUACCACAAAUAAUCUAUUUAAUCUACUUCGUAUGUGUAAAAUGUAUAUAAUGGAAUUUCAGCACGACUUUCCUUGUCGCAAACGACAAAGUUGAGUGCAAGCAACGUUAGAAGAAAUUCUGUUUUAAUUAAGCAAUGAUGUGUGUAAAUAUGAGAUUAAUCGUAAAACGUAAUUAACACGGAAUGAUAAUACUCGCCGCUCGUUACGUUUAAUUUGAAAUGAAGUGAUGUUCGAGCAGUGGUGCGGGUCCACUCCCUUCAGCUGCAGCUCUUUUACAUUCUCUGUGUUUAAACCAUCCGAUACGUUGUAUGAAAUCGGUUGAACGAAAUGCUGAGUGUUGUAAAAUGUCGCUGAAAUUGGAUGGAUCCGUUGGCGCGUUCUAUGAAAGAUGAUCUACGGUAUUAUUUUAUUAUCAGAAUGAAUGGUAACAUACUUUAACACACACACAUAACGCAGACGGAGGUGUUAAUCCAUAAUAACUUAGAUGCCGAAUAGUUUCUUUUGCGGUCCUUAAUGCUGAUUGACGGCGACAGAUACGACAUAUUUUGCUUGAGCAGCAUUCGGACGAAGCAGUACGCCCGGGUACUGCCAGGCUAAUUCGAUUGAACACUGAUGUUAUUUAAGUUUGUCUGUUAUUACUCGCAUCGCUAUUUCUGUCGUUACGAAUAGAAGCCGCUAGUCUUGCGUUACAGAUUUGAGGAAAGAACGAUAAACAAUUACAAAUCGUGUACUUUUAUCGAGAUAUAUUGUUCUCUUCUUUUUUUUAAACGUGCGAUUUUUUCUUCUCGUUACGAGAGAUAAGGUUUUGCAAGAAUUACACACAUAAGGUACAACCGGAUAGAUAAGAAAAAUAGCUCUGCCUUGUGAAACGUCUUGCUGGCCCGCGUCGGCAAUCACAUUCACAUGGUUCUACGUUAAGUUACACUAAGCUUCUCAAUAGUACGGAUAAUCGUCAAUAGUUUGGCAAUGAACACUCUUUAGAUUUGUUAAGUUCAACUUUGUUUCAUUGGAGCACGGGCGAAUGUACAAAGCAAUGUUGGAUAGCUUCGCAUUGCGUGUUAUUUUUAUAUGAGCCAGAGGAAUGAUAGAAUAGCGAAUUUACAAGAUUAAUACAAAAAAAUGACGCAAUAAUCUUUGACGAGCUGUCGUUAAUAAUGAGAGAUAAAUGUACUAUGUUGGAGGAAAAGAGAAAGAGCACGGAAAGAUGUUUACCAGCAUGUUAUGCACGUGAAAGAACAGUUCUGUCAAAGUCAUUAUUGCAACAUAUAUUAUAUAUAAUAUAUUUGUAAGAAAUGAAAAAAAAACGGUUGUGUGUAAGUUUAUUAUACAUAAUUAUAAUGGACGUAAACUUACUUUGAUUCAAUGCGGUCGCAUUGUGUGAGUAACGUUUGAAAUGCGAGUGUAUGAAAAUUGUGUAUAUAUGAGAGAAGGGGAGAGAGGAGGAGAGCGAGCGAGCGAGAGAAGUAAAUUGAUAAAUAGCAAAUUAAGUAUGUAAUACACCUCUAAUCACGCGACGUAAGAGAUUUUUUAUUUUUCAUUAUUCCGCUAUGUGAAAGAGGCAAGGUUUUCUCGCGGGAGAGCCCUG